ACUUAGUGAAGGUCGCUGGGAGUCCUCUCUCUCACCCACACACACACACUUCACCUGGCACUUACACACUCACACACACAUUCUCGUGCAGAGAGCUGAAGCUCAGCUCAAACCCAGUCCUCUGCAACUCGAGUGAGGAGCCUGCCGGUGAUCGGACUGUCGCCUGAAGCGAAGAGGCCGAGCCGGCGUUGAUUCAAUUUUACAGCCCAGUCACUCUUUUUGAAGCUCUGAUUAGUCAGCCGAGGGAGACGAGGGGGAGAGAAGAAGAAGAAGAAGAAGAAGAAGACGAAGAAGACAAAGAAGAAGACAAAGAAGAAGAAGAAGAGGAGUAGUGAUGGCUAUGACUGACAUUGCAGAGGAUGACCUGGACGAGAUGAUGCACGAAGAAGCGGAGGAUGUCUUCUACGAGGACGGUGUGUCGUCCCGUGUCCCGGAGAUCAUGGCGGCCGGCACCCAUUCCCCCGGAGGACCCAAUGGCAUAAUCAGGAGUCAGUCCUUCGCCGGCUUCAGCACACUACAGGAGCGACGCUCUCGGUGUAACUCUUUCAUGGGGAACUCGGCGGUGCAGAAGAAGCCUCAGUCCAAGCCAAAGAAACCCCACCUGUCAGGACACAAGGGAGGCAGCAGCUCCAGAGAGCCGCAGCCCAAAAGACUGGAGGAGGUUUACACUGCACUCAAACAAGGCCUGGAUGAGUAUCUUGAAGUUCAUCAGACAGAGCUGGACAAACUCACGUCUCUGAUGAAGGACAUGAAGAGGAACUCUCGCCUGGGAGUGCUGUACGAUCUUGACAAGCAAAUCAAAACCAUUGAGAGGUACAUGAGACGUCUGGAGUUUCACAUGAGCAAGGUGGACGAACUGUACGAGGCCUUCUGCAUCCAGAGCCGCCUGAGAGAAGGUGCCAGUCGGAUGAAGCAGGCUUUCUCCUGCUCUCCCUCCACUAAAGGCACCAAGGAGAGCAUCGCAGAGGUCAACCGCCGCUACAAGGAAUACACUGAGAACAUGAGCACGUUCGAGAGCGAGCUGGAGAACCUGCUCGGGGAGUUUCAUAUCAAAAUGAAAGGUUUGGCAGGCUUUGCUAGGCUCUGUCCUGGAGACCAAUAUGAGAUUUUCAUGCGGUACGGUCGCCAGCGGUGGAAGUUGAAAGGAAAGAUUGAAGUUAACUCCAGACAGAGUUGGGAUGGAGACGAGAUGGUCUUCAUGCCUCUCAUCACUGACCUUAUCAGCAUCAAGGUGACAGAGCUGAAGGGCCUGGCCACUCACAUGCUGGUGGGCAGCGUGAUCUGUGAGACCAAGGAGCUGUUUACUGCCAUGCCUCAGGUGGUGGCUGUGGACGUUAACGACCUAGGGACCAUCAAACUCAACCUGGAGGUCACGUGGUACCCCUUCGAUGUCGAGGAUCUGACUCUGUCAUCUGGCAACGUGAGCAAAGCCACAGCGCUCCAGAGACGAGUGUCGGUCUACAGCCAGGGCACGCCGGACACCCCCACCUUCCAGGACACCACCUUCUUUAAGUGGCGGCCAUAUCCCGUGGAGCGCCAGCGCCUCUCCUUCCUGCACGUGCUCCGAGACACCCUGCUAGAGAAGCUAAGGCGCAGUCGCUCGUUUGGUGACCUGGCCUCACUCCGGCCAAGGCCCAAAUCCAGUCUGGAGGUCUAUUCCACUUUACCAGAUGAUGUCUUUGAGAACGGUGGCUGUGGCGUGGCUGAGUGCAAGCGUCUCUCCUUCACCUUCUCCGACACCUCUGGUUACACGCCCAGCCCCAGCCCCGCCCCGAGCUCCCACUCCCCCGGCCAGUCCAACCCUGAGAUCACAGUCACUCCUCCAGAAACAGACCCAUCACCUACACAAAUCCUCCCAACAAGGGAGGACUCUAUUGCAGAGGAGCAUUUAGUGGAGGAGGAGGAGGAGGAGGAGUAUGAAGAGGAUGGGGAGACAGGUAGUAGAGGAAGUAGGGGCACCAGUGCCAGCCUUGCCAGUGAUGAAGCCGAGGUGGCAGAGGACUCUGAGUGGGAGCGCACAGAGUCCCAGCGAAAUUCUGGCUCAAACUGUGGUUCAGCUGCCCCGUCCCUCUGCUCUGACGGCCACCUGUCCACAGUGACUCCAGAGGAUGUUUUCUUAGAUCACACUGACGAACUGAAACCUGUGGAACUGGACACAGAGGAGGCGGGCAGCCUGACCCGGCAGCUUGUGAAGAGGCUGACUUCUUCGGAAAUUGUGCCGCCAAGUGGGGGCUCCACAGAGGGAGGAGGAAGCCUGAGCUGGGCAGGAGAGGGGAGCAGGGCGUUCCUGGAGAGCAGCCUGGAGGAGGCCAUCCACAGCCUGCUGAUGAGGCUGGAGUCACUGACUCACCGCUGCCGAGAGCUGCAGGACCUGGAGCAGGAAGUGAUGCGUCUGGAGGACCUGCUCAAGUGUCGUCUCCCGGGUCACAGGAGCCGGUCAUCCAGCCUCAGUCUGACAGUGGAGAGUGCCCUGGAGAGCUUUGACUUCCUCAACACCUCUGACUUUGAUGACGAGGACACUGGAGACGAUAACGCCAUCCUCAGUAUCCCACAGAGGUCUCCGCUUUUUGAUACCGACGGGGAAAGGAUCGGGGCCCAGCAUCCAGAAGCCAGAGGACACCUGAGUGAAGCCCUGACAGAGGACACCGGGGUGGGCAACAGCGUGGCGGGAAGCCCCCUGCCGCUUACCACUGGAAACGAAAACCUGGACGUGGCUAUCGUGAUUCACCUGCAGUACUGUGAUCACCUCAUACAGCUGUUGACCAGUGGGGUGGGUGUGUGGCAGCGUUGCAGUCUUCUCCUCAAACUGUCCGGACAGACUCAGCUGUUAGAGGAGCUAGCAGAGAUCAGUGUGGAUAGACUGGGAGCAAUUACAUCUGCUGCUGACGUUCUCCCGGGCCUCGCAGAGCGCCCACAGUUGAUGACUCUGUGGUCAGAGUGCAGCGGGUCUGCAGGACUUUUCCACACCACACUGGACAGAGUGUUCAAACACAUGAACCAGCGCUACACAGCAGUGCUGCAGGAGAGACACCCACACAGCGCUGACACAGUGACUGGUGUCGUAGUGAGCGAGAUGGUGGACAGGAGCGAUCUGGUGGCGGCACACAAUCCUCCUGCCGCUGCGCUCUCCCAAGACGUCCUGACUGUGUUUCAGUUCCACAGCUACAUCUUACAACAUGAAGUACAGGACAUGGAGACACACCUGCUGCAUCUGGCCAGAGAGGAGGUGUUUGAAGAGGCUCUGUGCAGUAGGGAUUAUUCUCGCUGUCUAGCAGAGAUGGAGGAGGUGCCUGUGUCAACCCUGUGGCCUAGAAACAGCACCCUGAGGGCCCUGGCCUCCCUGCUCACUGCAGAGGACCCUCAGGUCAACAAGGCAGCAGCUGACUACCUCUCUUCUGGAGCAUCACACAGCCACUUCAGGGCCAGAGCAGUGGAGUGCUACACCCAGGCGCUGUCAGAGGCUGGAGGUCAGAGCCAGAGGGCAGCCUGUUCAGCUCUCAGCUGUCUGCAGGCAGUAGAGAGUAUCAGGGCGGUGGUAGCACUGUGUGAUUCAGCUGAUGAAGAGCUUCGCCACGUCGCCAUAGAAACCCUGCUCACAUUUGGUGAGGAGGGGCGGCUGGCGUACGAGCAGCUGGACACGGUGCCGGGGGAAAUAAUCCGUCUGGGCACACGUCGAGGAAACGCCGUCACCACUGCCUUCUGAGCCAAACAUCACAAAGGACAUCUCAGCCCGACCUCCGAGGGCAGCACUGCCCCUCAGCUUGAUCUGCUUUUUGGCACAGACAUAAGAAUCUCCACGUCGCCACAUUAGAUCACUGUUCUUACUGAUACUGCCUCCGAAAAGGAACUAACACCAAACAAAUUGUCUUAACCACAAAGACCCACAACCCAUACCCCUCCUGCACGCACACACACACACACACACACACACACACACACACACUUGCACUCCUCGUUCCUCCACCAUCUCCACUUUCAGACACCCCCACACUCCCCCCUUCCUCUCCCUGCUUUCUGAGCCAGGCAGACCGUUCACAUUUGAGUUUAACAGGAGAAUUUGACUGUACGCAAAGCCGCUGAAAGCUGCUCCAAAGACUGUGGAAACAAGAAUUCGAGCAAUGCAUCUUCACACAACCUCUGUCAACAAGCUACCCACCACUGCACACAACACUUGUAUCACUUACUCACUGAUUAAUUAUCAUCUUGAUUGUUACAGUCAGUUGUGUGACGAAAUAUGCUAACUAUGAUCUUUUCAUAAUCACUGUUUAUCACAUGUUUUAGUUGGUGGUUUUGCAUUAGAAAUGUUUUCUGGCGCUUUCGGAAGAUUUGCACUGUUGUAAGGCAUGUAAAUAUGGCAUAUUUUACACAGCCGGUGUAAUGUAUGUGCUUGUAUUUAAAAUAUAUUUUUAAGUUCUGUUUUCUAGUACGUUCCAUUUUGAGUUUCAGGGAUUCUUGUAUAGGUGAAAGAUGUGUGUUUUGUGGCAGGGAGGACCAUUAAUAAGUUGAGAAUGGAUUCUAAGUGGAAGUGAUGUUGUGGUUUAAAAGCCCAAGUUUAACAGCAGUUUACAGUCUUGAACAGAUUUUGACCUCAGCUAUCUAUCAGUGGUCAGCACAGUGCCCAAGGUUCACUCACUCAGCAGUUUAUAUCUGAGUUUUCUCAUACUUGCAGUUGAACAAGUGCAAUUUUUCUGUACAUACGUGACUCUUUUGCACCUAGCUGACAUGUGAAGACAUUUGAUAAAGUCAGCUUUGACCAUUUGAGCCUUGAUAUGGUCGAGCAGGCGGGUUCCACAAAUACACUCUUUUGUAAACGUAUUUUUCCUACCAGGUACGGAGCCAGUCGAGGGCAAUAAAUUGGGUUCAGAAUCGUAAUCUUGCACUUUCGCAGUAACUGUACAGAGAGGAGGAUCCUUUGGGCUGAGUAAAUGCCUCAGUUUUGGCUAACUGCACAUUCAUACAGUAUAUGAGCUAAUGGCAGGAUUAGAAAUUAAGCUUUUCUUAUGAAGUGUUCUGUUGUGUUCUGCAUGUCUUGGGUCUGUUUUAUUUCCCUGCAUCGUAACUGUAUCGUGGGAAAACUGACCUGAGGUAAGCGCCUAAUUCCAACUUUUCUCAUUGUAACUGUACUACUGAGUCUUGUGCUAGUGCACGGUGACAAAACUCACAUUUGUUCACACAUCUUAUUUAUUAUUUACUCCUUGUAAUUCUUAUAUUCUUUGGAGUUAUACUGUAAUAGUGCAGAUGGCAUUGUUAUGUAAAUUAAUUGUACAUUUAUGUUCUAUUUUGGAUCGGGUCUAGUAUUUGAAAUAUUGUUUAUCCACGUUAUCACCAUGCAAAUGAUCUCAUGCUUAACUUUAAUUGGAGUUUAUUUUGAAUGAAUUAUAUUAGAUAAAUUAUUAUUUUGGAGAAGAUUAAGAUUUGCUAAUAGUCUAAUAGUAUUAUAGAUUUCUUUACCCUAAAAAGUCCCAAACAAAAUGGGACAUUAUAUAUUAGAAAUGUUACUUUAUUACUUAGAAGAUUUACUGUAACCAAAGGAAGAAUUAAUUUUAAAAUGGUCUUUUAAUAAGAGCUCAUAAUUAAUUAAGGAGAAUGUAUUUUCAACACAUUUGCAUUUUGGCCAGAAUACUCAGACUUAACUUUAGAAGCACAACUUCAAAAUAAGACAAACCCAUAAUAUAUGAAUCUUAUUUGGUUCUGACUGCACAGUCCAAAAGCCAUAUUGAUUAAAAACAAGUAAUAUUUUUAUGAAAUGUAUUUUUUCUUUUGUAUUAUAAUCUGUAAAUGUGUGAAGUUGUUACUAAAAGCUGAAGAUGGUGUUAAGUUUUUUUUCCAGGCUUCGGCAAAACAUGGUCCAUGUUAAGUAACACUUUUAUUUCUUCCAUGAUGUGAAUAGCAUUACAGUAUUUUGGUAAAGUAUCUAAUUCACCUACUCAUUCAGUGUUUGUUCAUUUUAUUUUGAGUGAACUACUUUCUUUUUACAAACUUGCAGUUGAGCAGUGUUAAGUCAAGUUGAUUUGUUGGCUGUUUAAUUCCUAAUCACCUACAAACUACAAGUUGUCAAAAUGUGCACAUCUUUAACUAUUUAGAGAGUGGGUUUAAGAAUAACUUGGUGCACUUUGCUGAAAUUGAUCUUCAUCCAUCUCUGUGGUCAAUAGCUUCCUUACUGAUCCAUUUAGUUGCAUACUACUCUUCUACAUAGUUGUUAGCAGUAUUUCCUCUGCUCAUCAAAAGUUGCAAUAAAGUUUAUUUUUGCAUAAUUAAAA